GGUGACAUGUGACCAGGUGAAACUAAUUAUAUAAGUAGCAUGUUUAGGGUGGUGGUGGCUAUAGUAUUUGGGCAAAGUGUAGAUUUUAUGUUAGUAGUGGGGCCUCCUUUUGGUAAUCUUCUUUUGAGAUAUGUCAUGGGCAAUGAAGGGGCUCCAUCUAAUUUUCAUUGCUUUGGUUCUUUGGAGAGAUACAAGUGGAUUCGGAGUGUGGAAUACAACCUCUGUUGUUGAUUGGCAAGCUGGACGUUCUAAUGCAGCAUGGAACCAAAAUUUUCACUUCGCUACGCCUGUUCAAGCUUUGGAGCUACUGUCCAGAAAAAGUGCAAACGGAAAUGUUGACGGAGGAAAUUCUAGUAGUUUCAGUUAUACUUCAGAAGUCCAAACUGCUCAACAGGAUUCUAGUUUUGUUCAGUCUUCUGGUGGUGCUGCUCAAGGUAAACCUGUACUAAAUGCUCAAGGUCAAGCAACUCCCAUGGUUCAACCGCAGGACAACUUGAUGACUCAGUCCUCAAGGCUCUAUUGGUUUGAAUCUCUCAAGCCUGAAAACUGUGGCACUUUGCUCUCUCAAUCUUGGCCUCAAAAAGGUCAGAAUAACGGUGGAUUCCAAAGACCAUCCAGGUUCCAGUUUGGGGGCACUGCAAACCAGACAUCUGGAUCCCAGACCCAGUCGUCAUACCAGCCUAGCACCACAACACAGGUUCAGUCUAUUGCCCAGCCUGAGUCUUUCGGAGCUUCAGCUUCAUAUCCAAGUCAAACCUCUGGCAUGUACUCUGUUGUACAGGGUCCUCUGAUUGCAUCCUCUUCCCAAAUGCCUGGGUUCCACAUCCAGUCAUCAUACCAGCCUGGCACCACAACACAGGUUCAGACAGGCCAGUCUGCGUCUACAUCUCAGGCUCAGUCCUCUGGUGCGUCAACGUUGUAUCGAGGGAUUAGCUCUGGCAGGUAUCUGACUUCACUGGGUCAUAUAAUUCCAUCCUCCUCCCAGUCUGUGGUCACUACAAACCAGACAUCUGGAUCCCAGACCCAGUCAUCAUACCAGCCUGGCACCACAACACUGCUUCAGACAGGCCAGUCUGCUUCUACAUCUCAGGCUCUUGGCAGCCAUGGAGCUGCACCUUCAGGACAUGCUAAAUGGUACACCAUUGUACAAGGUCAGACAAUUCCAUCUUCUCAAGCCUCUGGAUCCCAGACCCAGUCAUCAUACCAGCCUGGCACCACAACACAGGUUCAGACAGUCCAGUCUGCUUCUACAUCUCAGGCUCAGUCCUCUGGUGCAUCAACAUUGUAUCCAGGGAUUAGGAGGAAUGUGACUUCUCUGGGUCAUGGCUUUCCAUACUCAACCCAGUCUGUGGUGACCGCAAACCAGACAUCUGGAUCCCCGACCCAGUCAUCAUACCAGCCUAGCACUACAACACUCCUUCAGACAGGCAGGCCUGUUCUUCCUCAGAGUCAGCCUUCGGGAGCUUCUGCUUCAUAUCCAAGUCAAACCUCUGGCGUGUACAAUAUUGCACAGCGUCCAUUGACUGCAAACCUUUCCGAAAUACCUGGGUUCCACAUCCAGUCAUCAUACCAGCCUGGCACUACAACACUGCUUCAGACAGGCCAGUCUGCGUCUACAUCUCAGGCUCAGUCCUCUGGUGCAUCAACAUUGUAUCAAGGAAUUAGGAGGAAUGUGACUUCUCUGGGUCAUGGCUUUCCAUACUCAACCCAGUCUGUGGUGACUGCAAACCAGACAUCUGGAUCCCAGACCCAGUCAUCAUACCAGCCUGGCACUACAACACUUCUUCAGACAGGCCAGUCUGCUCCUACAUCUCAGGCUCAGUCCUCUGGUGCAUCAACAUUGUAUCAAGGAAUUAGGAGGAAUGUGACUUCUCUGGGUCAUGGCUUUCCAUACUCAACCCAGUCUGUGGUGACUGCAAACCAGACAUCUGGAUCCCAGACCCAGUCAUCAUACCAGCCUGGCACCACAACACUGCUUCAGACAGGCCAGUCUGCUUCUACAUCUCAGGCUCUUGGCAGCCAUGGAGCUGCACCUUCAGGACAUGCUAAAUGGUACACCAUUGUACAAGGUCAGACAAUUCCAUCUUCUCAAGCGUCUGGAUCCCAGACCCAGUCAUCAUACCAGCCUAGCACUACAACACUGCUUCAGACAGGCCAGCCUGUUCUUCCUCAGAGUCAGCCUUCGGGAGCUUCUGCUCCAUAUCCAAGUCAAACCUCUGGCGUGUACAAUAUUGCACAGCGUCCAUUGACUGCAACCCUUUCCGAAAUACCUGGGUUCCACAUCCAGUCAUCAUACCAGGCUGGCACUACAACACUGCUUCAGACAGGCCAGUCUGCGUCUACAUCUCAGGCUCAGUCCUCUGGCGCAUCAACGUUGUAUCAAGGGAUUAGCUCUGGCAGGUAUCUGACGUCACUGGGUCAUAUAAUUCCUUCCUCCUCCCAGUCUGUGGUCACUACAAACCAGACAUCUGGAUCCCAGACCCAGUCAUCAUACCAGCCUGGCACUACAACACUGCUUCAGACAGCCCAGUCUGCUCCUACAUCUCAGGCUCAGUCCUCUGGUGCAUCAACAUUGUAUCAAGGAAUUAGGAGGAAUGUGACUUCUCUGGGUCAUGGCUUUCCAUACUCAACCCAGUCUGUGGUGACUGCAAACCAGACAUCUGGAGCCCAGACCCAGUCAUCAUACCAGCCUGGCACCACAACACUGCUUCAGACAGGCCAGUCUGCUUCUACAUCUCAGGCUCUUGGCAGCCAUGGAGCUGCACCUUCAGGACAUGCUAAAUGGUACACCAUUGUACAAGGUCAGACAAUUCCAUCUUCUCAAGCCUCUGGAUCCCAGACCCAGUCAUCAUACCAGCCUAGCACUACAACACUCCUUCAGACAGGCCAGCCUGUUCUUCCUCAGAGUCAGCCUUCGGGAGCUUCUGCUUCAUAUCCAAGUCAAACCUCUGGCGUGUACAAUAUUGCACAGCGUCCAUUGACUGCAACCCUUUCCGAAAUACCUGGGUUCCACAUCCAGUCAUCAUACCAGCCUGGCACUACAACACUGCUUCAGACAGGCCAGUCUGCGUCUACAUCUCAGGCUCAGUCCUCUGGCGCAUCAACAUUGUAUCAAGGAAUUAGGAGGAAUGUGACAUCUCUGGGUCAUGGCUUUCCAUACUCAACCCAGUCUGUGGUGACUGCAAACCAGACAUCUGGAUCCCAGACCCAGUCAUCAUACCAGCCUAGCACUACAACACUCCUUCAGACAGGCCAGCCUGUUCUUCCUCAGAGUCAGCCUUCGGGAGCUUCUGCUUCAUAUCCAAGUCAAACCUCUGGCGUGUACAAUAUUGCACAGCGUCCAUUGACUGCAACCCUUUCCGAAAUACCUGGGUUCCACAUCCAGUCAUCAUACCAGCCUGGCACUACAACACUGCUUCAGACAGGCCAGUCUGCGUCUACAUCUCAGGCUCAGUCCUCUGGCGCAUCAACAUUGUAUCAAGGAAUUAGGAGGAAUGUGACUUCUCUGGGUCAUGGCUUUCCAUACUCAACCCAGUCUGUGGUGACUGCAAACCAGACAUCUGGAUCCCAGACCCAGUCAUCAUACCAGCCUGGCACCACAACACUGCUUCAGACAGGCCUGUCUGCUUCUACAUCUCAGGCUCAGUCCUCUGGUGCCUCAACAUUCUAUCAAGGGAUUAGCUCUGGCAGGUAUCUGACUUCACUGGGUCAGAGCAUUCCAUCCUCCUCCCACUCUGUGGUCACUACAAACAAAAUCUCUGGAUUGCAGGACCAGUCAUUUCAGCCUGACACCACAACAAAUGCUUUGGUGGGUCAGUCUGCUUCUACAUCUUUGGCUCACGGCAACUUUCAGGCUCCAAAUUGGCAUACGAUAACUCCUCCUAGAUUCCAUAAUUUGCUACGGAACGUGUCGGUUUCUCAAUCUCUGAGCUCUGAUCCCCAAACAAGAACAAUCAACAAUAUUUUGCCGUUUCUGAACCAAAGUGCUGGGACUUCUGCCAUGUCUCAGAAUAAUGUACAGACCCCAGCAUUUCACACAUCUACACACUUCUCACCUGUCCCACAAACUGUUGCCACUCCCCCAGUCUCUCUACCCAAGCCUUGCCGACAGACACAAUGCUCAAUGGUGGAGAGUGCAAUUGCCUCUAUAGCAUCCAGCCAAACCUCUCCUCGUGUUGCCACAUCAUCUCAAGGCACAGGCUCUUUUGCUGCUGUACCCAUUCCAGGUACCUCACAGAAUUUUGCAGGCAUUGAUUUCCAGGGUACAUUGCCAGUACAUGACCAGUACAGCUCGGUGUGUAACUUUCCAUUUGGUUUCUGCAAUUCUCCUCAAGGAGCUGCAAACAACAAAUUUGUUCGAAGCCAGAGUGUACAGACACACAACCUGUGAACCAAGAAUUCAUGGGACACUUUCUGGAAUCAGUGCCUCAUCAGCAUUCUGUGUUCCACAAAGCUUUUCCAAUACACCUGAAAUUGUGAGCUCAGCCACUUACAGCUCCCCCCCCCCCCCCCCCCCCCCCCCCAUUUCACAACACCAGGCCCUCCUGACAAUCUCAACUGUAAGAUUAACUACUGAGUGCUUUGAUCGCUGACUGAAUAUAUGCUCAUUUGUGGUGCUUUUUAUUGUUUGCCUGAAUUUUUGUUGCAAUAAAAGGAGAAUGCACA